AGUCAGCAUUUAACAACAGCAAACAAAAACUGCAAGCAGUAUCCCUUUGGAUUGAGAAUCCUAGCUCACAAUAAAAAAACGCUCUUACCUUUGCACCCUACUACAUUGCCCCCUUUUACACAGAGAGAGAGAGACACACACACACACACACGCAACAGAGCCGUUGGAUAGAGAGAGAAAGAAGAGAAAUGGAGAGAAGCGCCGCCUUGGGAGGGCUUCAGCCAAAUUACCUCCUAUGCCCCUCCCGCCGCUGCCCCUCCUCCCCUCCUCUCAAUUCCUUACCACUACCCUUCGCCGACAAUACACUUUCCUCUCUCAACUUCAAGCUCCAAAAGAGGCUUCCUCUUGCUUCUCGAAAUGUUCAAGCGGCUUCUUCUCUAUUCAAGCGUGAUGCCAUUUUAUCUGAUACUUACAGUGAAACGGCUGAAUUAGUUGACAUGGACUGGGACAACCUUGGAUUUGCGUUUCUCCCUACUGAUUAUAUGUAUAUCAUGAAAUGUGCUCGAGGGGGGGACUUCUCUAAAGGGGAAUUACAGCGUUUUGGGAACAUUGAAAUGAACCCUUCAGCUGGAGUCUUGAAUUAUGGGCAGGGAUUAUUUGAAGGUUUGAAGGCCUAUAGGACAAAAGAUGGUAAUAUUCUACUUUUUCGUCCGGAGGAAAAUGCAAUACGGAUGAGGCAGGGAGCAGAGCGGAUGUGCAUGCCAUCACCAACAGUUGAACAAUUCGUGGAAGCUGUAAAGGCCACUGUUUUAGCAAACAAACGUUGGGUUCCACCUCCAGGUAAAGGUUCCUUGUACAUCAGGCCAUUGCUAAUGGGGAGUGGAGCUGUUCUUGGCCUUGCACCUGCUCCAGAGUAUACCUUUCUGAUUUAUGUGUCACCUGUUGGCAACUAUUUUAAGGAAGGUGUGGCACCAAUCCAUCUGAUUGUUGAGCAUGAAUUGCAUCGUGCAACUCCUGGUGGUACUGGGGGUGUAAAGACCAUAGGGAACUAUGCUGCAGUUCUGAAGGCUCAAUCUGCUGCAAAAGCCAGAGGUUAUUCUGAUGUGCUAUACCUCGAUUGUGUCAACAAAAGAUAUCUAGAGGAGGUUUCAUCUUGCAACAUUUUUGUUGUGAAGGAUAAUGUUAUCUCCACUCCUGCAAUAAAAGGGACAAUUCUACCAGGCAUUACAAGAAAGAGUAUAAUUGAUGUUGCUCGUAGCCAAGGGUUUCAGGUAGAGGAACGCCCUGUAGCAGUAGAUGAAUUGCUUGAUGCUGAUGAAGUAUUUUGUACGGGAACAGCUGUGGUUGUUUCACCAGUGGGCAGCAUUACAUAUUUGGGCAAAAGGGUAUCAUAUAAAAAUGAAGGUAUAGGUGAAGUGUCGCAAAAACUCUACUCUGUGCUUACCAGACUACAGAUGGGACUCAUAGAAGACAAGAUGGAUUGGACUGUUGAGCUGAGAUAAAAUGUUCAUAACCCCAAGUAAGGGCAGCCUGCGAUGCAAAAUCAGAGCAAAGGACUGGCUUUGCUAUUAUUGGAGCUCGGCAGCUCUUUUAGCUUGCUAAAAAUAUUAUUUUGUGCAAGUUGAUCUCGUUUGCUAGGUUGUUAACAGGGGAAGAUGUGGUACUUUGUUGUUUUUUAUGUUUCUUAUUCUGUCAAGGGUAUUUUCAGUAUUUCUCUUUUGAUAGAAAAUUGUUGUGGGAGCCUUGUUGCAAAAACUUUGAACAUUGCUUCAGUGCAAACUGUCAUUUUGUUUAAGCAUUUUCUAUUAAUGUCAUCAUGUGUAAUGGGUUUAUGGUUAGGAA